AUGGCGCUUUACUUUGCGGCAAGAGGUCACGGUCGAGCAUACUCUUCACUAUCACCAGAUGUCCGCACUGAGGACUACUCAACCACUUCGCGUGUCCUUCUAUCAGGUCUCGGCGCCGAUGAGCUUUUCGGCGGCUAUUCUCGACACGCAGCUGCAUUCGUACGGAGCGGCUUCAAAGGCCUGGCCGACGAACUCAAUCUGGACUAUCAGCGAAUAGGUCAACGUAACCUCGGCCGAGAUGAUCGCGUUAUAAGUCACUGGGGUCGAGAAACGCGUUAUCCUUUCCUCGAUGAAGACUUUGUUGCAUAUACACUGAGUUUGCCAGUGUGGGAGAAGUGUGGCUUCAGGCCGGAUCGAGCGGUCCCGAAGCAUUUCGACGGCUCGGUACGAGUCACUGAUCCUGCAAGACUUGACGCUGCGAAGAUGGCUCUACGACUGGUGGCUUGGAAACUUGGCAUGUAUCAAGUCGCUUCGGAGAAAAAGCGAGCGAUACAAUUUGGCGCCCGGACAGCGAAGAUGGAGACUGGAGCAGGGCGCCGGAAAGGCACAGAUGCGCUCGCGUAG